ACGUUCUUCACGGCUAACCUUCCCGAGGUCGAUCCUUCCCGGCCUCGGACCAGGACUGAUCAUGCCUUCGAGUUUAGAAAGACGAACAAGACCGGACACUACAUCGGUCCAUGGGAACCCAGAAAGUUUCUGUUUUCAGUUCCGGAAGGGCUGAGAAAGGUUCUAAACUACAUUAAAGACAAAUACAACAAUCCAAUAGUUUACAUCAAAGAAAACGGAAUCAACGACUAUGAUGACGGCACCACAUCCAAGGAGGAAAUUCUUAGGGACGAAUUUAGAUUGGAGUACCAUCAGAAACAUCUUCAGCAGCUCCACAAGGCCAUUGUAGAGGAUGGCUGCGACGUGAGAGGGUAUUACGCGUGGUCGCUGUUGGAUAACUUCGAGUGGGAAUACGGAUACUCCGCUAGAUUCGGUCUUUACUACGUGGAUUACAACGAUGAUCUGAAACGUCAUCCAAAAGAUUCGGCAAAGUGGUUCAAGCGGUUCCUCGAGAGGGGGAGUCCGGUCGGAGAUGACGAUGAUGAUGUCGUCACGCCGCCGGAGGAGUUCCAAGUGAUAUCACGUGAGGAGUCACGUGAGGGAUGGAACGUGACGCUGGGCGAGACAGAGGGUUUUGAGGCUCCGUCCACGUCGAGCUCUCUUCUGUCACUGAUGGUGAACAGAUCAUGGAGAGGACAAAAGGAUCACUGCACAGUUUUCGAUUAUUCUAAUGGCCGUUUUUGUCAACCUGAGAACGCGUUAUCGUACUAAAUAGACAAAAGAAAUCAUCUCUUAUGGCUUCUCCUUUCAAAUUCAUUCCCCCAUUGUUAAGGCUUUUUUUU